AUGGAGGUAACCAAAAAAGAACCCGUGGUAGACUCUGUCGACGAGAAAGACGUCCAAGUUGGCGUUAUCACAGACCUUGACGAGGGCGAGGUCUUCCUGCGUCAACAUGGAUUCACCGAUGAAGACGUUCAAGGCCUAUUGGACGAUGAAGCACGCAACAAGGCCGUGGUCCGCAAAGUAGAUCUUAUUUUGCUCCCCUUGCUUGCAGGAACCUACAUGCUUCAAUACAUCGACAAAUCCGCACUGGCUUACUCUGCGGUGUUUGACCUCCUCAAGUCGACACACAUGUCAAGCAACGAAUACAGUUGGCUAGCCAGUAUCUUCUAUAUUGCCUACCUCGUCGCCGAAUACCCUUGGAAUGUCUUAGCGCAGAAGACCAACCUCGCCAAAGUCGUCUCAUGCAACAUUGUCGCCUGGGGCGCUAUGCUCAUGAUUACUGCCUCCUGUUCUUCCUUUACCGGCAUGGCUAUCUGCCGCUUUCUUCUUGGUGUUUUCGAAGCUCCAAUAACGCCUUGUUUUAUGAUGAUUAUUGGCAUGUGGUAUACACGCUCCCAACAACCGUUUCGCGCUGGUGUCUUCUACAGUUGUAACGGAGUUGGUGCUAUGGUCGGUGGAGUCCUCACGUUUGGUAUUGGUCAAAUCAAAACGAUUGCCGUAUGGAGAGCUAUCUACCUCAUCCUUGGAGGCAUCACUGUUUGCUGGGGUAUCGUUAUGCUCUUCUUUCUUCCCGGUGACGUCCUCUCCGCAAAGCGCUUUAAUCUGGAAGACAAGGCUCUACUCAUCGGUCGUGGACGUCUUGGCCGCACUGGUAUUAUCAACCACCAAAUCAAGUGGAACCAGAUCCGCGAGGCCCUGGUCGAUCCCCAGGUCUGGAUAUUGUUCUUUUUCACUCUGUUUAAUGAGGUUGUCAACGGUGGAAUCGCCAACUUCAGCAAGCUGAUCAUCAAGGGCCUAACCCACGACUCACUUACUACAGUCGCACUGGGUAUUCCCUUUGGCGCUUUCCAAGUGGUCUGGGUCCUCUCAGGAACAUACUUUGCAUCUCGAUUUGCCAAUUACCGUACCAUCGUCAUGUUCGCGUACCUCAUCCCGACAAUCAUUGGUAUCGCUCUGAUGUGGAAGCUGGACCAUGCCACGCACAAGGUCGGCGUGCUAUUCAGUUAUUACAUCGUCGGUGCCUACGUCUGCUCCCUAGUCCUGGCGCUGCAGAUGCCCGCCACAAAUCUGGGUGGAUAUACGAAGCGCUCCACCGGUGUUGCUUUCGUAUUCCUGGCCUAUUGUGCUGGUAAUAUCAUAGGGCCACACGCGUUCCUCGCGAAAGAAGCACCCAUCUAUCAGACCGGUUGUAAGGUUCUCCUUGCAUGUUCUUCUGCACAGGCUGCUUUGACUGUCUGUCUACGGUGGCUGUUGGCCCGCAGAAAUAAACAGAGGGAUGCCGCUGCAGCAGCUGCGAAUGAGUCUGGGGCUCCCUUGGAAGUGGAUGAGUCGGCCGAUUUGACGGAUUUCGAGAACCCGAACUUCCGAUAUGUGCUAUGA